GAAGCGGGCGCGGCGCGGCCCGAGUCCCGCGCGCUCUGCGCUGUCCCGCCGCUGUCCCGCCGGCCCCACGAUGGCGCAGGAGGCGGGGCUGGCGACCUCCGCGCCUCCGGGUUCUCAGGCCCUUCUGGACGCUCUGCUCCAGAACCUCUACGACUUUGGGGAGACAGAAGAUGAAGUAGAACAAAAAAGGACCAGAAAGAAAAGAGAGAAGAAGAGAGAUACGGGGAUCCCAGUGGCCUUGACGGCAGAGCCAGCUCCCCUACCUGGCUCUCUUGUCAGAGGCCAGAGGAAGAGUGCUCUCGGCUUCUUCCAGGAACUCCAGGAAGAGCUGCAGGGUGCUCCUGCCGUGACCCCUGGUGGUUUCCCUUCGGGGCCUGUAGUGUCUAACGCUGCAGUAGCCCCCUCUCCCCUGAAGAAUGACAGGGAGUCAGUAGAAGUGGUAGAAUUUCACACUAGAAGUGAAAAAAGAAAACGGAAGCCUGCUGAAGAUGAGAACACAAAGACCAAAACUAGUAUCCUCGAGAAAGAUGUGGAUACACAAGAAUUUAACCUAGAAAAGGCUCGUUUGGAAGUGCACCGGUUUGGGAUCACAGGUUAUGGAAAAGGAAAGGAGAGAGUCCUGGAGCAGGAACGUGCUGUUAUGCUGGGCGCUAAGCCUCCCAAAAAUAGUUAUGUGAACUAUAAGGUUUUGCAGGAGCAAAUCAAAGAAAAAAAAGCAGCAAAGGAAAAAGAAAAGAGAAUGGCCCAGGACACAGAUAUUUUCAAGAAAAAGAAGAGGAAAGGACAGGAAGACAGGAAAUCCAAAAAGAAGAAAUCGGCUCCCAGUAUUUUGUCCAGUGGACGGGUUGGACAGGUUGGAAAAUUCAAAAAUGGGACAUUGAUUCUGAGCCAGGUUGAUAUCAAGAAAAUAAACUCUUCCAGAGUGGCUAAGUGAAGUACUUUAUAAAACAAAGAGAGAAAUGGGAAAGUGCCAACGUGCUGAAACUGGACCCCUACAACACUUCGAGAUUAUUCUUAUUUAUUUCAUAUUUCAUAGACUGCUUUUUCAUUUUAGGGAAAAAAAUCAAAUUGAAAUAAAAUUUCAAGCUGGUGAAGUGUUGGUUUUUUUGGUGAUAACCUUGUUGGGCCAACUGCAGUGUGAAUCUGAAGUAAAACUGGAACUCUGCAACUCAGGUUGGGACUUGAACCCACUGUCUUUUAACUGAGGUCCCACACCUGGUCUCAGGACUUAGUGAAGAUCAGGUUCUUGAUGUCUCAUCACAGAAAGAAUUGAGUGAGAGACAAAGUGAUAGGUAAGAAGUGGAUUUCUUUAGACAGAAACACACUCCACAGACAGAGUGUGGGCCAUCUCAGAAGGCGAGAGCGACACGAGGGUAUGGUGGUGUCACUUUUUACAGGGGUGGGUAAUUUCAUAGGGUAAUGUGUAGGGGGCGUAUUCUAGCUAUUUUGGGGAAGGGGUUGGGGUUUCCAGGAAUUGGGCCACGGCCCUCCUUUUGACCCUUGUGGUCGCCCUUGAAACUGUCAUGGCGCCUGUGGGUGUGUCAUUUAGCUAAUGUGUUACAUUGAGCGUGUACUGAGGCUCAAGGUCUAGUGGAAGUUGUCGCCAGUCUUGGACCCAUUUGGUUCUAAUCAGUUUCUGUCAUGUCCUCGGGCUGUGCCAUCCUUUCAAAGGUUGUGCCCUGCCCCCUUCCCUCCUGUUUCAACACUAUUGAGAAGAAUGUUUAAUAUUCUCCAGCAAGGUUCACUGAGUUUCACUUUCCCUGGUGUUUUGUACAUUUGCUUGUAGAUAUUUCGUAAUUUUACUGAUUUGUAGAUGCUAAUAAUUAGCUUAAAAUUGCUUUUUAAUUUUCUAAAAAUGAUUUAAUGGUAUCGUAUCAUGAAAGAACUAAGAAUGUGAUAAUUUUGUCCGUUGUUUUGUGUGAAAAGCAGUUUCAGUUUUUAGCCUACCUGAAGUGUAUAAAAUCUACUUUGUAUAAAUAAAAUGCAAUUUUGUGGUAAAAAAUG